AGAUCCGCAAGAAUGAACACAAACGAGCAGAGAGCAGAGAUUUUUCCAGGAAUGGUGAAAUAUGGAGGAUGGUCAGGGUCUGUUGGCUCAGUCAAGUGGAAAAUGGGUGCCAUCGUGAUUGACAAAGAUGACAAGCAUGGAUGGAAGAUCAAAAUGCAGCUUGACUGCUCGGGGAAACCUAUACUAAGCUAUCCACUCACGGCGGACACCUUGAAGAAACACGUUUGUAAAGAUACUAUACUUAUUGACGUGAGGAGAGCAAGAGGUGACAAGGAUUUAAUAUCUUUUUACCUAAAGGCGAAUGAUAAACGUGCAGCAAAACGCAUUGAAGCUUUGUGUAUGAAAGUACUAAAACAGAACAAAGUUGGUAGCAUUUCACCCAUAACUGGAUGGUCACAAACUGGCGCAUCUGAUGCUGUGCACGAGCUUUCAUGCACACCAUGCUCCAACGAUGGCAAAAACUCGGAAGCCAAGUUUCAUUGUAAAGACUGUCAGAUGUUUGACAACCACGUAGUUGUGAGCAAGACGUCCGAAUCAUUUGGACAAAGACAAAGACAACAAAGAGCUUUUGUAUCACGUGAGUUACUGGUGGAUUUGUGUGAGGAGCAUCACGGGGAAGUAAUCAAAAUGUUCUGUGGUCAGCAUGAUGUCGUUUGUUGUACAGUCUGCAUUGCUUUGAAACAUAGAUCCUGCGAGGGCGUAGAAUACCUUCCAAAUAUUGCUGUAGAACUUCUGAAGAGACUAGACAAAGACAAAACUAUAACACAUAUGGAGAAAACUAAAUUUGAUUUGCAGCGCCUUAAGUCCGCUGUGCAAAAUGAAAUGAAAGAGCUAAAUAACCAACGUGAUGAUAUACUCCAAAACAUACGUAGGUGUAAAACACGCCUAAUUAAAAGAAUUCACGAAUUGGAACAGAAGGCAAUGACAGAUGUACAGGAAAAGCAUAAAGAUAUAGCUGCUGGGCUAACUGCCAACAGCAAAAAAAUCGACAACAUGUUAAAAGAUAUUGAAAAGCGGUUAGACAGACUGAAACAUUCAAAAUUGUACCCUGAAGCUCAGACGUUUGUUGACAUUACGUAUGGUCGGAAGACGGUUUCAGUUGGAUAUGCUUGUAUCCAGCAAUCAACUGCCAGGAAGGCGAAAACUAUUGACUUUCAAAUGAACAGAAAUCUCGAGUCUUAUUUACAUGAGGUACAAUCUCUUGCAACUCCGAAGGUGACAAGAAAUGUGAAAGCCAUUGACGGUGUCACACAGCCUAUGUUAAGGUCGGCCAGUCAAACACCUGCAUUAGAUUUUAAAUGCAUAACAUCAGGUUUUGAAUUAUCAACAUGUCAGACUUCAGAGAUUGUCAGUAACAGUCAAAUUCCAGAAUGUGUAUCAGCCAGUCACUUACCAACAACGCUUAAAUCAGCCAGUGAGACUCCAGCAUUCUGCACAGUCAACCAAACUCCAGCAUUCCGAUCAGCCGGUGAGACACCAUCAUACAGAACAGGCAAUCAAACUCCGGUAUUCGGAUCAUUAAUUCGGACACCAUCUUUCAGAACUGGCAAUCAAACACCGGUAUUCGGAUCGUUAAUUCGGACACCAUCAACUCCAUCUCUCAAACCGGCCUUGCAAACAGCAGAGAGGCCAGAAAGCCAGCAGUCAGCUGUACUAACAAAGAAGCGUAAACACAACCGCUACAUUCUCGCCGCAGAUCAUGCUGACAGCGAACAAGAGAUGAAUGAAGGAUUCGAAUCAAAAACAGAUUUCAGGUUCCUUGGGCAGAACAACCUCAAAAGAACCAGGCAAAAGAAGACUUUGUACUGGCUGCGGGGAAAGACUAAAAGUCGUUGAUAUUAUAAAUCCGUGCAGUGUUUUGUGUCAAAAAUGUUCUGCCGAAUUUGACCCAUUGAGUAACAUUUAACUGAGGCAAACUGAUUCCUUCUUCCAGUGAGCUUGGGCUAAACCGGUUUAUUGAAAUUAUACAGUAACUAGGUGUAAUAAAAUUUCUGGUCAUUUUGAGUUAACAUAAAGGGUGUAUGCAAUUUUAAGAAAUCAGUCACAAUCAAUGAAUUGUUGCAAACAUUAGUAUGUAGAAAGUGUUACAAGCUGAUCUUAAAUUAUAAUUCUAUAACUUCAUGACACUUUCACUUCAUAUCAACAAUACAAAUGCCAUUCGAUCAUAUUUUUGUAAUCUGUCUGGAUUAUUUUUUCGGAACAGUGGUGUAGUCUUUAUGUAUAUUUCUGACUAUUUUCCCUUUUUUUUUUUGACUAGAAAAAAUGUUAAGCUGCAAACUCCUUUAGUUUUUAGUAAAAAAAGUUUAUCUCAUUUAUCCCAUUUACACGAGUACAUUGUGUUUUGUUAUUAACUCGAUAAUUCCAAAUACACAGUGUGCAUCGUAUGCUGUUAUUUACCCAAAACGCAUAAUUGCACUUAUACAUCAUGUAUUGUUAUUUCCUCGAAAAUUUCAGUUCCUGUAUAAAUUGUUUAUUGUGUA